AAACCAGCAACAAAGAAACACCGAGUUACUAAAGGCAGUGUUCACGAAUCUAGUUCAGACAGUCGAAAUACAUCUAUACAAAACGAAAUGGCCGCCAGUAGUGUUAUUAUAAAUGAAAUGUUAAUGAACCAACUGAAACUAAAUGAAGUAACUAUGGAAAAUAUUAAAUUAGACAUCGUUAAUACAAUUAACGAACAGAUCCGAAACCUGGAAAAACAAAUCAGUGAUAUUACAUCUGAAAAUACUAAGUUAAAACUCCAAGUGGAUAUCAUUACAUAUAAAAAUAAUCAACUCGAAACUGAAUUACAAGAUACCAAAGAUGUAGCUACAUUAUCACUACAAAGGGUAAAUGAUCUAGAACAAUGGACCAGAAGAUCGAGUGUACGGAUAUAUGGAUUACCUGACAAUCAACACGAAAGUUUUACUGAAUCAAUAAAUAAAUCAUUAGAUGUUUUUGAUAAAAUUGGUGUUCAAAUGCCCCCCGAACACAUUGGUAUUGCGCAUCGUCUUGGUCCAUUUAAAGUCGGAAAAUGCCGAGGAAUAAUUGUUAAAUUCAUCUCUCGAAAGGACAAAUUUAACGUUAUGAAAAAUAGACGAAACCUGAAGGGAUCCAACAUUACUAUCCGAGAGGACCUUACGCGUAUAAACUCUCAGCUGUUGCACAAAACCUUAAUCUCACCCCUCGCAUUUCAAACCUGGUCUAUAGAAGGUGUUAUUUACGCAAAAUUGGUCAAUGAAAAGAUAAUCAAAGUUUAUCAACACACGAAUAUUGAAAAAGCCCUCGAUGAUAACAAUAUGCCGGUUUCAAGAAUAAAUCACACACUGUACCCAAAUCAAUCCAGUUUGAGGGUAAUGCGGAUCUCUCCCAAACAAAGGCAAGUGCUAUGGACGAAUCUUGUUAUAAUGACUCGACUACACCAGUCCCAAAUCGAGCCCAAAAAAAUAUCGAACCCUGUUUUUGAGAGUACGCCACGUCAAGCAGAGUUAUUUUCCUGAAAGUCCACGUCGCCACCAUGAGGUAUAAGUGCCUUUAAAAGUCAAUCUUGAUUCAUUUUAGCAUAAUGUUGUUAUAAUAUACAUCUUUGUUUUAAUUCAAACUUAUAUCUUGCUAAGAUCCAAUAAAGGAAGUGCAGGAGGACCGCAUCACACACAAUAAUCAACACGAAAUUCAGAGGACAAACAUGUGGACAGGACACGUACUAUGUUGUUUGAUCCCUUUUGAAGUCAUCUUUUUAAAAGCUUGGGUCGCCUCCGUCAAAGGUUGUCCCUUUAAAAUCCAAUAUUGGCAUUUAACCAAUUACUGGUCAAAUUACCGACCAGUCGCUUUUUAAAAAGUAAUGUUCACAUACUUAUUCAAAAAGUAAAUAUUUG